CAAUAAGUGUGUGUGUGAAUUAAUUUCGUGGGCUAGAAUUAAAUUGAAGCCCAUCCUGUCCCGCCGUGCUACUUUUUUGUCUAAUGGAACUUUCCCGCAGCCAAUUCGCACUCACGAGAAUUAUGUCCGCCGGGAUCUGUCACCUGCGUCGGUAAAGCAGGUCGCAGCCCCUUUUGGAUUUCCGUCGAAGUACCCUCGAAGUGUGUGUAGUAAAAUUUAGUAAAAAAAACUGGCAAAACCCAGGAUUUUGUAAGUGAAAUUGCCCAAAACUCCUGCGAUGGCCGAUCUAGACGACUUUUUUGCGAAGAAAGACCGCAAGAAGUCCAAGAACACGAAGAAGUUUUCAACGACUGAUGAAGUAGCAAAAAAACUCGAAGACAACGCAAAGAAAUCCGAGAAACUGAAAAAAGAACGCGUGCCAGAGGGAGAUGAGACUUCCACGCCGGUGCAUGUAAGAAUUGAGCGCGAUAAAGUGGUGUUGGAAGACCAGGACGAAUGGAAGGACUUCGAAGAGGAAAAGAAAGACUACAGCGGGCUCAAAAUCGGUAAUCUGACAAUAGCGUCGCCCCCCGAGGGCAGCACGGGCGCCACGGAAGCCAGCACCGAACAGCAAACAGGGUGCGACGAGGCAGGACCAGACAACGAGAAGAAAGUGGGGCCGUGGAAGCGGGUGGACGUCGAAGUGCAAGAGGAACCCGUCAAGGUGGAGAAGAAACCAGAAGCGCCGCCAGUUAAGACCAUCGGGGGCGCCUACGUGCCGCCGAGUAUGCGGAACCAGUCACAGCAAGCCCCGGUUCAACCUAGUCGCCUACGAUCAAAAGCUGCUCCAGAUAUCCACAAUGAAGAAUUUUUCCCCACGUUAUCGAAAACGAGUGACCAUAGGAAAAAUCGUAGUGAAGGAACUUUUGAAGUAGUGCAGCACAGCAGGGCGGGAUCCCACCGGCAAGUAGAGCAGGCGAAAGCGAGUUCGGGGCAGGGCCCUAAGCUGUCUCUCGAAAAUCGCUACAAUACUCUUAGCGAUAGCUAGUGAUUCGUAUUAGUUAGAGACGUGUUUCUAAUAAGUGAUGGCCGUAUUGACUGUGGAAAACAAGAUGGAUGUCCCAUUUCAGGCAAUUCUCAAAGUCUGUCCCAACUACCUUAAAUUUUAUGUUGAAUUCUGUUUUUUAAUGAAAUUGUAGCUAAAAGAAAACCUAGGAAAUUUUAUUAAACUAUUGUUUAGGUCUCAGAAUUUUUGGUUUAAAAGUUAUCUUUUUUUACAAAAUAAAUUUACAAACAUU